GUCGUCCCUUGUUUGCUCUCUUGAUUGCUCUCUUGCUACUGCUCUUUCGUCCGCCUCUCACUUCGUCAAGGACUUAUUGCUCCAAAGAAUCAAUAGACAGAGACAACUGCACUCGACCCAUUUCGACGCAUCUACCCAAUCCCGUCUCACUACAAAUCGCCGUCCGCAUUCAAAGCACCCACACAAACCACAAUAAUCAUGCUCUUUAAGACGAUCGCAUUGUCGCUGUUCGCAGCUGUCGCAGCAGCACAGAACUCGACGUUAACCAGUCUUGUGUCGCAACUCCCCGAAUGCGCCAGCACGUGCUUCUCUAGCUCAGCCAGCACUGCAGGCUGCGCAACCACCGACUUCGACUGUCUUUGUGGGGACAAGAAGCAGGCGUUUAUCAACGCCAUUGGACCGUGCCUCAUCCUAGACAACUCAUGUUCAUCGGACGAACUCAGCGGUACGUACCUCCAUAAUUCUUACCCAUUCUGUCUCAACAAGGCUGAAUUUCUAACAUUACACGUCACCAGAUGUCACGGAUCUCGCCGGCGAGAUCUGCACAGAAGUUGCAUCCAAUCCUUCGGACGCCGACACGGCCUCAGCAUCCGCCGUGGUCGCAUCUGCGAUUGGCACCGCGACAGCGUCUGCGUCAGCGUCAGCGACGGAGAGCGGCAACGCUGCGAAGAGAACGGACGUUAGCUACGGGGUCAUGGGUGCCGCGGUUGCCUUCGCCGCUCUUGCAUUGUGAGAUAUCGGCAAUGCAUGAAGCAUACACACACUACACAUUGCAUCGGAUAGAGCGGCGUAACGAAUUUUUAUGACAUUGGGCAACUGUGAAAGGGCUUUCAUACUUUACAAAUUGGCAGAUAUUUUUGGCACACGGGACCGAUCUUGC